AUGCAAAGGAAACAAAUGUCGCAAACACUUUAUGCCAUUGGUGCGUUGGUCGAAAAUGAAGAGCGGUCCACAAAAAUUGGGCCUGGGACCCACACCCACUGUCCUAUGCAGGUUGAGCUGGGCGACAACCGAUCCUGUGGCAUGGAAACUAGUACCAUCCAAGUGACAGGCUCGGCAGAUUUCACCUGUGGAAUCCCUUUGUUCCAGUCUGUGACACAUUCCAACCAAACAGCCGGUGCUCCCUCGCGGCACUACGGCACAUAG